AUGUUGUCGACCCAUGGAUACACCGGACGUUUUAUCAAGGACCACUGCGUGUAUGGUCAAGCUUCCAUAGUGCUAUCUGAUAACAUGGCGGCAUUGUCUAAGUGGAGUUCUAAUCCUAGUGAUACUUUUGGGAGGAAGACCAAGAUCAUAUGCACUAUGGGACCAUCAUGUUGGGAUGUUGAUACCUUGGUAAAGAUGAUCGAUCAGGGUAUGAACGUGGCGAGACUCAAUUUUUCUCAUGGUGAUUUUGAAACCCACGGUGCUACGGUCCAGCGUAUCCGAGAGGCAUUGAAGCAGCGUCCUGGGAANNNNAUGAUGCAUAAGUCGCAGCAGGAGAGGAUCACCGAUCACUGUCUAUGUAGACAAAGAUGA